AUGCCCUGGCGCAAACCCUUCCUCCCCCCCUCCUCCCUCUCCCGCGCCGACCUCUCCCGCCGCGCCUACGAGGUCUGGAUCUCCGAGACCAUGCUCCAGCAGACACGCGUCGCGACCGUGGUCGGGUACUACCAGAAGUGGAUGGCCAGGUGGCCUACCAUUUGGGACCUGGCGGCGGCCACAGAGGAGGACGUGGUUGGGAUGUGGGCUGGGUUGGGGUAUUAUUCGCGCGCAAGGAGGGUGUGGGAGGCGGCGAGGAUGGUUUGUUGUGUCGCUGACGGGGAUGGGGAUGGGAACGGAGGAGUCUUGCCCGGGGAUGUGGACUCGUUGAUGCGCUUGCCUGGCGUGGGGAGGUAUAGCGCUGGUGCGGUGGCGGCUAUUGUGUUUGGCGUGGCUGCGCCGGUGGUGGAUGGGAAUGUAUUGAGGGUGCUGAGCAGGCAGAUGGGAGUGUUGGGGGACGUGAAAGCGGAUAGGACCGUGGUGGAAUUGUUGUGGGCGGCGGCUGGGGAGUUGGUCAAGGCUGUCGCGGGGGACGGGGUCAGUGAGAGGCCGGGGCAUUGGGGGCAAGCGCUGAUGGAGUUGGGGAGUACUGUGUGCAUGCCCAAGCCGAAUUGUACGGCAUGUCCGAUCACUGAGACGUGUCGAGCUUAUGCAGAGGGGCUUGCUCUAGCGAACCGGGGAGGUGUUCGAAUAAAGGAAGGGGUGGUGGAGGAUGUCGAGGAUCUCUGCACCCUGUGUGCGCCUUUGGAAGAGACGGCAGAGAACGAGGAUGAAGGGAGUGAGCCGGCAAGCAAGCCGAGCAGAAACGGAGGCAUAUUGUCCCGGUUCUUUGCAACCACACAGACCCCCAGGCAAACAACAACAGCCUCGGGAAUUGACGCCCGCACGAUGACCGUCAUCAUCAACCAUGCCAGGAAGUUCCCCCUAAAAAAGCCCAAGAAAAGGGUACGGGAGGAGGAGACACUCGUCUGCGCCAUCCGACGCGCUUCCGACGGGCGAUAUCUCAUCCACCAGAGACCCGCCAAGGGGCUCUUGGCAGGGCUCUGGGAGCUUCCCAGCCAUACCUUGCCGGUUACCAACGACAGCAGUCCUGAGAGCCGGAGAACACAGGCAUUGCCCUACGUUGCCGAAUUGGUUGCCACUCAGCGCAACAAAAGAGCAGUCAAGCACGUCUGCGAGAUUGGGAGCGUGCCGUGGCUGUUUUCCCAUCUGAAGCUGACCAUGCACGUCCACCUGUUCGAGAUUGAUGAUGCUGAAAGGCUGCCUGAACAAGGUCCUCGAGAACGAUGGGCCUCUGCCCAGGACAUUGAAACGGAAUCCAUGGGCACGGGCAUGAAACGGUGUUGGGCGCUUGUCAAAAAGCGGAUAGGAGAGACAACCCAACUGAAUCCUGCUCGACCCGUGUAG